AUGGAAGAUAAAGAUGCAGUCAUGCCCAACUCCAGUUUGCAAGUAGAGAUGGCGCACGCGAUGAUAGUGAAAACAGCCCUUGUGAUGGUGAUUGUGGUGUUGUGGGUCCCUGAGGGGUGUGGCAGCCCCCUGCCGGUGAGGGUGUCGCCCAACGCUUCUCACAAGGAGCGGUUGGAGGCGGCGAGGGCGCUGCUGAAGGAGUCUCCCCUCAUUGAUGGCCACAACGACCUCGCAUGGAACGUGAGAAAGUUCCUUCACAACAAGCUCCACUCCUUUAAUUUGUCUCAAGAUCUCACCCAAGAAAAGCCUUGGAAGAAAUCACCUUUCUCCCACACGGACCUGCCACGGCUGCGGAGAGGCAUGGUGGCGGCGCAGUUCUGGUCCGUGUACGUCCCAUGCGAGGCGCAGUACCUCAACACAGUGCAGCUUUUGUUGGAGCAAGUCGACGUGGUGAAGAGAAUGAUAGCGGCGAGCCCCAGGGACACCGUUCUCGUCACGUCUUCGUCAGGGAUUAAGGAGGAGUUCAAGCGUGGGCGUGUGGCCAGCCUCAUGGGCGUUGAGGGCGGCCAUGGGUUGGGCAGCAGCAUGGGCGUCCUGCGGUCACUGUACGACCUGGGCGUGCGCUACGUCACUCUCACGCACAAGUGUCAUACUCCGUGGGCCGAAUGCUCCGAGAGAGGAGGCCACCCGCCCAAUACACGUGGUUUGACGCCCUACGGGAAGGCCAUGAUCCGAGAGAUGAACCGCCUCGGGCUCAUCAUUGACGCCUCCCACGCCUCCGCCCGCACCGCCAAGGACGUCCUGAGGACCACUCGCGCGCCCGUCGUCUUCUCCCACUCCGCCGCCCGCGCCAUCUGCAGGAUCGACAGGAAUAUUCCCGAUGAUAUCCUGAGUUCUCUGGCGGAGAACGGAGGCAUCGUGAUGGUGAGCUUCUACAACGAGUUCCUGACGUGCGGGAAGAGAGCGGAGAUCAAAGACGUCAUCGACCACAUCAACCACAUACGCACCAUGGCGGGAGUGGAUUAUGUGGGAAUCGGCGCUGGAUACGACGGUUUCAACAGCACGCCAAGAGGGCUGGAGGACGUGUCCAAAUACCCCGAACUCUUCGCCGAGCUCCUGCAGGAUCCUUCGUGGUCCCUGCAAGACCUCAAGAAGCUGGCGGGACUCAACCUCCUCCGCGUCUUCAGUAGGGUUGAACAGGUACGGGAAGACUUGGCUCUCGAAAAGGUGUCUGAAGAGAUCAUUCCUAUUCACGAUAUCGACACCAGGUGGCCGUGCAGAUACAAGUUCGCCAGCCUCGAGGACACACGCACUUGA